AUGCCUCAUGUGUUCAAGAUCUCAUCGGUUUAUGAUCCCAUCCUCACCUUCUUUCUUCCGUUUCUCGAUCAGUCCGAUAACAGCUGUACUGCAGCCAUGCUCGUCAGGCUUGUUCAUCUCUUCCGGUUGUUUCCGCGCUGCGAAGUUCUAUUCGAUUCAGAAACAGAGGUUGGUGGACCCUACCGUCCUGACGUAGACAAUCCCGAGCUGUGUAUGCCAGCCAGCGCUUGCUUGUGGGAACUCACACUCCUCAGCAAGCAUACAUCACCUGUGGUUCGUGAACUGGCCAACGCCGCGUUGCAUUGGGGUCGCAUGAUUCACUUACACGGCCCUACUGAAGCAGCUCUGAAAGAGUACAAAACCAAUUUUGGCUUCGGUGCUCCCACUUUGGAUCAGCUGACCCAGCUGCCUCCCACUGAGUGCCGCCUUGUUCUCUCCGAGCUCGACGCUGCGUUUCGCGAAAAAUCACGGGCGAUGCCCACUGAACCUUUGACUCAAGGAAGAAAACGCAAACGGCUCUUUUGUGCCCCUCCUCAGUGGCUCCUGUACAGUGUUGAAAGUGUCGGUUUACCUGAGGACUUGUUGCCGGCGUAUUACACGAAGAAACAGCGACUUGAUGUCUAAUGACUUCCGUUGUACAUAUUUAUCAUCACAGCCGAUGGUCACUAGUUUGGCCGUUUCACUUUAACCUGCUGAAGUGCUGAUAAAGCUAUUUGAUCAGUGCGAUGUUUAU